AUGUCGACGUCAAAUCACCUCGUUGUAUUUACGCCCCAUGCCCUAACUGUUGGCAACGGCGUUUCCCCCUCUCCCAACGAUAUUUCCGAGGUUUUUGCACAACGCCUCGCUGCCAAAGCCCAGGCCGAACUGGGUCUGUUUAGCGUCGCGACCAAAUCCAUGGGAGACAAGGAUUUGGACGCGACUUUUGACAACUUUACUCAGGCACUAGAACUCUCCGACUGUGCGAUAUUUGUCAUCCCGGGAAGCAAAAUCUGUCUCCUCGACGCAAUCUAUCCCCGCCUGCUCGUGCUCCUAACUAUGCAGCCUUGGUGGGUGAAGAAGAUGCUACUGGUGUGUCUGGGAGAGAUGGCGACAAACGGCAAAAAAUUCGACCCCCUGAUUUUCCAACACACGCCAGUUUUCUUUUCAGCAUCUCCUAGCAACUGGAAUGAGGAAAUAGGUCAGUGGAAGGAGGUUAUGAGCUUCAUCAAGCUUGCCAUAGAAGUGGAUAAGGUCGAAGAUGACGCUGCAUACUCGGAAUCUGCAAAUGGAAUUAUAGAAGACAAUGCAAAUGAAGCCAAGCCCACUGAAGAGGAUUACGUACCAUCGUCUGAAAAGACAGCUCAACAGGAAGUUGAACUAAAAGAACCAAAUAACUAUUCCCAUCCUGACAACACAGCGGAAACACCCUCUGAGUCACCAAGAGACGCUACCGAAGUGGCUAUUUCCCAUGAAAAGUCAGGCCCACGAGAGCUCCAGACGACGGACGGUUGGAAGGCGACAAACAAAGACACUGUCGAAGGAAACCACGAAUGUGCGGAGCAGUCUGAGACGAAGGGCUACUCGUGGACCACAAUCACAGCCGCUACGUUGGCCGUCGUGGCGGUCGCUGUGCUCUUUCCUCUGGUGAAAUCCCAACUACGUCCUUAG